GCGCUCUCAACGUUCAUUUGAACAUCCACGUUUAGUCAAGAUCUAAAGAUCAAAAACAGUCUUAUUGUCACUUGUCACCGGUGAAAUAUGGAAAGACGCUUCGAACUGAGAUUUUGGUGGCGCGAUCGUGCAAAUAGUCCAGAUCGUAAUUUAUCGCGUUUAUAAAGUGCAUCUUUUGUGGUGGAUCCUUAUAUUAGGCUUAUGCGAAUUAUCUUACGAGACUAUCUCGACGAUCAGCACCAAAAAUUUGGAGGACAAGGUCGACACAUUAAGUUCGAAAGCUCGUUCUUGCACGGUCGAUUUUACCGAGACCGAGUUAUCCGCACAGGCGAAAAAGGCUCGUUCGAAGAGUAGAAAACAUUCAACGAUGAAAACCGUUUGGGUAAUCGGUGGUCCCGGAUGCGGAAAGGGCACACAAUGCGACAAAAUGAUCGCGAAGUACGGACUUCUCCAUUUGAGCAGCGGUGAUCUUCUUCGUGAAGAAGUUUCCAGUGGUAGUUCACGCGGUGCCUCGCUCCAAGAACUCAUGUCGAAAGGCCUCUUCGUUCCAACUGACGUAGUUCUCGAACUCAUUAAAGAGAGGAUGACUGCAGCACGUGCUGCCGGCAGUGCAAAGGGUUUCCUCAUAGACGGUUAUCCACGUGAACUGGAUCAAGGUCUCCAGUUCGAGAAAGACGUGUGUCCGGUUGAUCUUGUGAUAUUUUUCGACGUCGCAAACGAGACUCUGAAGAAGAGGUUGCUUGGAAGAGCAGCAGUUUCACAGAGAGCCGAUGACAACGAGGAAACAAUAAAGAAAAGGAUCGAGAUUUUCAAUGUGAAAAAUGGUGAAAUCGUUGAGCACUACAAAGACAAAGUUGUUAAGAUCAACGCCGAAGGCUCGGUCGACGAUAUAUUCGCCGAAGUCAGCAAAGCACUGGAUCCUCUAAUGGCCUCGUAGAUUCGAAAAAAAUCAUAGUCCCCUGUACAUUAUGUAAUUGUUAUUCUCUGGCCUUGAGCAAACAUUCAAUGGACUCAACGAACCGCUGAUGUAAUAACGGAAUAAAAAAAAUUGCGACAAUUAUAACGUCCAGGUCGGACGCACGUAUCCGUUGAAACAUCAUGAAAAACUUCAUCGCGGAUACGAUUUGUUCUGUACAUAUAUAAAGAAGACACAUCGAGAAAGAUUCACAUGUUACAAAGUAUUUCGCACACACAACAAAUAAUUAUUCUUGUUCGACGAACAAUCUGUUAAAUAAAUGCUAUAUUUUUUUUUGCCAAAUA